GCGGAGCGGAGCAGCGCGGCGGGGCGCGGAGCGGGCGGCGCCGCCGGGGCUGGAGGAGGCGGCGGCGGCGGCAGCGCGGCGCAGGGCUCGGAGGAAUUCAUGCUUCGUGGGCACCUGUAAUCAGCCCAGCUGCAGGAGGGCUUGUGCAGGCUGUGCUUUCGCUGCCGUGAGGAGGUGUUUUCUCCUGCAAUGACUCCCUCAAUGUCAACAAGACCCUUCAGUUUUAACUUUGAUGUAGUCAAGAAGAGCCUGAAAUUCUUUGAAGAGCAUCAUGUCAAAGGGCUGUGUCUGUGUACUCCUGUCAGCCAGGGCUAGCUCUGGGAUGUACCGACGUGGCAACCUUCCGCCAUCGCGGCCGCCAUUUGUAGUUGGUGCCAAAUGUACUGGUUAUUGGAACAUGGAUCAGGAGUACCUCCAGAAACACCUCCUGCUGCUGUUCUGCUGCUGCUUUGGGAAGGUGUGCUGGCCACAGGAUCCAUGGCUGUGUGGUUUGGUAGCGUGGAAGAGCACUUCCUGGAGGAAGUGCUGCCCCACAGCUGGCUGCAGCCCACCUUCAUCCUCCAGGCCAAGAAGUGGGGAAGAUCCUGCUCACUUUGCUGUCUCAUUGUUGUUCUGCAGGGAUGUGGGGCCAAGUCACCAGUGUGACCCUGCCGCUGUUCCCUUUGCUCAGACCCUACCGCAAGAUUUCUCCCUCGCAGACUGAAGCCACGGUCUCUGGCUGCAGAGUCUAAGUCUCAUCAUGGAGACAGCAGAAGCAGUGCUACGUCAGAGCUGCAGGCAGAGUUGUGCUCAGUUAGGCAUCAUCUGAAAUGCUCCUGGCCCCAUGCAAAUGGCUGGCUCCCUGCGGAGCAGCACUCCUUCCUUGCAGUGCUCCUCAGCUUCUAUGCCAAGGGCAGCCAGGUGGACUCAGAUUUAAUGAGGUUUUGUUUCACAUGACUUCCUCCAUCAUAGGAAAGGAACAAACAGGUGGAGGGUUUUUAAAGCAGGUCAUAGAGUAUAGAUAAGCGCUCCCUUUUAAUUCUUAAUUCAAGUAAAAAGCAGAAUAUUGGAGUGGGAAGUUUCCUUUCUUUAACACUAAGUACUUGUGCUUCCCCUUUAUUCUGUAUGCAGUGUACUUGCAGGAGGACUAAGAGCUGUGGAUUUCUCUUGCUCUCUCACUGCUAGAGACUGGCUGCUUCUGCCCUUUGUCAGCUUGUUGAGAGGAGCAGAGAACAGGGAGGGGUUGGCUCGCUGAGGUAGGUGCUAACUGGAGCAUUUUUGAGAGAGGAUGCAGUAAAGGCUGACUGCAAGAGAGGGAUGUUUCACCACAGCCCGGAGAAAUGACUCUCUUGGCUGGCGUGGUUUUGUUAUCUUAGUGUUUCUGAUUAGGCUGAUUCCACCGUACUUCUUGUCCUGUACAGAGAUAAAAGGGAGGAUGUUUCAUGCCUUCCAGAUACUGGUACCAUUUCUCUAGCAUCAUUCCCGUGGCCAUGCAAAAUAUUCCUUUCCCUCCAGUCCUGCUAGUGCUCCUGUUUCUGCCCCAGCAGACUGUGGCCGGCAGUCCCAUGUCAUUCUUGUUUCCUUCUCCAAGGUGCUUGUGUCAAACCACACUGGGCUUUUUUCAGAGGCAAAGGUGCAAAGCCACCUGCAAUGCCAGUUUACAUCAGAGGGAGCAGCAGAUACCCAGUGCUGCCAAAAGAAAAUGCUCCUGUAAAUAUUUUAGGGGAUAAUCUAUCGGAAAACUGUUUUGGGAUAUGAUGGAUCUCUAGGCUGUGUUUUGUUUUCCUUCUCCCUUUGCAGAUGCUGCUCAGGGAAUGGUGGAGAACAGAAACCGUAUGCUGAGUAACAAGAGGCAAAAGAGCAUGACAUCGCUUGUUUUUGUUCAGUCAUGCUGAGAAAAGCGCACUGUGGUAUAAGGCUGGAGAAUGUGUUUGGGUCUCUCCUGAGAAAAAUGCUUAGCUGAUGUGCUCUAUUCUGACUUGCCUUCAGCUCUGUUGGAGCAGAUAAAGCUCUGCAGAGGAGGGGCAGAUGUAUUCAGCACUGCUUUCCACCCUGAAAGCGCAGCUGCUGGCAAAGCAAACUCCUCCGCCCUGACCAUGGUAUGGGGCUCAUCUCCAGCUCUAGCUUUUAUGCUAAACAUCCGAUGGCUGCCAAGCGCCGGUCACGUCGGUAUGGUUGUGUGCAUUCAGCCUCGCCACUGGACAUUGCGUGGGCUGUGCUAUUCUUCAGGUGUGCGUGAGUGGGAGGGAAGAGUAUGUGGUAUAUCUCGAGUAAUUUAAUAUAUGCAUUUGUGUGUGUGGGUACAUGUGCAUAUAAUCCUGUAACAACACAUCACAGGCUUGGAAAAUAUCUGGAAAAUCCCAGGUCAGCCUUUCUGUGUGAAAUUGUAGCUUCUCUCUGCUUCUAACAGUGACCCGGGGGCAGGAGCCUCUGUAUUCUUUUGCUGUUUUGUGAGCUGCUGUGGAACAUGUGCAAGGACUGCAUUCUCUCCUUGCUUGAGAUCGUGAGGAAGAUGAAAAGAGCGGGAGCUACUUCUGGGACAAAAUGGAAAUGCAAACCAACAGCAUGUGUGGCACUGAGCAGAGCGGUGAAAGUAGUUGGUAAAUCGAAGAUGCCAGGGUUCAAAGAUUUCUUCUAGGGAUGAUCCCUUUUUAAAAGUGAUCACCCUAACUAAUGUAGUAAAGGUUUAAAUAAUUGUCUGCAACACUUCUGUCUGUCCUUCCUGUCUGAACCCUCUUUAUCUACCGAACCUUUCUUGCAGCAUCCCAUCUCCUCCAUGCCUUGCUUUACUGUACGGACCGUGCUGCUGAGCUUUAUGCUGAGUUGUUAGAGCCUUCACCCUUUUUAUGCACCUGUCCCCCUGCACUGAAAUUUGUGCUUCGUGUGGAAUUCCUCCUCUUCUCUCCUGCCUGUUGUACAUGAUGAGUUUCCAGACUCUUUCUAGAUAUUGGAUGGUCAGAGAGGAAGGAACUGGUUCGUUGUUUGUAACCGUUUGGGCUCUUGAGGCUGUUGUGGGGUUUGGCAGGAGAUAGCUGUCAGUUCUCUAACACAGGUUGGUCUUUCUGUGCUGGGGGUUGUGUGUGGUGUGUGUGGCACAUGCGAGCUCAGCCUAGGGAGAGAGAGAUUGAUUUGCACAAGCUGUGUGCCUGCCUAUGUAAGAGGGCCAAGGCCACGCAGCCUGUGAUGCCUCCGAGCCUGGCACAGAAGCAGAAAGCUCCGUGUGUCAGCAGUAGAUAGCAAGCGGAGGUGCAGCACGCUGAACCACGGGUACUGCUGGGGUAAGUGUGCUGUGGAUUGGGACUGGAACAUGUGUUUUCUUGGGAACUACUGCACAGUUGGCAGGUGCUAUACCUUGCCUGCUAUUGUAUCUGAUUUGUGUUUGCCAAACAGCAUGAAACACGUUAUCUCUGUCCAGCAGGUACGGUUUCAAAGCUGGCAAGUAUCUGUUCUGGGAAAGGUGUGAUCCCUGCCUCUCCUCCCCAGCCUGGUGCCAUGGCCGACACGAUUUUUGGCAGCGGGACGGGCCAGUGGGUGUGCCCCAACGACCGGCAGCUGGCACUGCGUGCCAAGCUCCAGACGGGCUGGUCAGUGCACACGUUCCAGACUGAGAAGCAGAGGAAGAUGCAAGCUCUGAGCCCGCAGGAACUUGAGGUCAUUCUGGAAGUCAUCCGCAAGGCGGAGAAAUUGGACCUCAUCGAGCAGCAGCGCAUCGGGCGCCUGGUGGAGCGGCUGGAGAACAUGAGAAAGAACGUGAUGGGGAACGGCCUCUCCCAGUGUCUGCUCUGCGGUGAAUUGCUUGGGCUGCUGGGCAGCACGUCAGUCUUUUGUCAGGAUUGCAAAAAGAAAGUUUGCACCAAGUGCGGAAUAGAAACCUGUGGAACCCAGAAACGUCCUCUUUGGUUGUGCAAGAUCUGCAGUGAACAGAGAGAGGUUUGGAAGAGGUCUGGUGCGUGGUUCUACAAAGGGCUGCCCAAGUACAUCACACCUUUGAAGAGCAGCAGCAAAUCCAGUGAGCUGCCUUCGCAGCCUUGGCAAAGCGAGCCAGCCGUGCCGGAGGCAGAGAGCGUUGGGACCAGCCGAUCCUUCACCUGGGCCAGGGGAAAAGUGGUUUCUAGUGACAGUGAGAGUGACUCGGAGUUCAGUUCCUCCAGCGUGGAUGACAAGCCCUCACCUGCAGGGUCAAAAGGCUCGCAAGGCAGAAAGCACCGAGCGGGACUGGCACCCAUCGUGGAACCCAGCCAGGCCACAGGCAGGGCGCUGGGCAGCACCCACUCCCCUGCCCUCUCAGGGAGCCGCAGCAGCCUGGGCAGCGAGCAGGGGGCUGCCCUCAGUGCCACAGAGAGCUGCCAGAGUGACCAGCCGGCGGACGAGCGUGACAGUGACGUUGGCAGCAGAGCCCCUGGCAAACGGCGCGUCCACACCAGAACGAGAUGCUGAUAAAGGUGAAGAUGGAGCUGCUUUGCCUGGAUCCAGCACUUGCCCUUUGCCCGCUCCUGUAGACUUCACUCCAGCCAACAACUGCUGCCGGUGGUGACUGUAUGAUGCCAGCUCUUGCACAGGCAUUAGCAACAGUGGCACCUGGGAAAGCACCUGCCUGUCCUCCCUGCCUCACUGACCUGGUUUAUGGUUUGGUCUGGUUUCCCCUUCUGCUGACUGACACGCACUUUGGGGUGCUGUGCUAUGUGGUGCUGCCGUGGGGUCCAGACCCGUGUUUGUUGAAAGUGCUCACUGGAGCUGUAGAAAUGUGUGCUGCCUCCGCUGUUCCUGGCUUGCCAAGCCCAGCCCUGGGUUCAGCUCCUGGCCUCGCAGUCCUGGCUUGGCAGUCUUCAGGAGAAAGGGAAGUUCACCCCUAUGUCCCUGAAAUCAGGUGUGAGGAGACCACGGCCCUUGUACUGCUUCUCAGCCCAGGGGUGAAUUUCCCUCUGUGAACCCCAGGGGUGAGACUGGGGCUCUGAUUUGCACUUGACUCCCAUGGGCCCAGGGUGUCACCCCUGUAUUUCUUGUCAUCGUUGUUCUGGUUUGGGUUGGUAUGAGUUCGGUGGAGGCGUCUUGAAUCAGCUGGUGAAAUUGUGCUCCCGUUCACUUCCGCUGAGGUCUCUCUCUUUGUUAGGGCUCAGGGAGACUCUUCAAUUAGUGAAGAAACACUCAGAGAAGUUUGCUGUGAAUUUUUCAGUCCUCCUGGCUGUUCACUGUCCUGUGGUGAGGGUGAUGCUUUGGCAUUGGGGUCACGGGCAGCGUGUGCAUGCUGCGGCUCCUGGUGGGAGAAUGCCCACCAACCCACGGCCCAGCUGGCUGCCUUUGCCUGCCCAAAUUGGAUAAAAGCUUUCAGAUUACUUUAUCUUGUUAGGCUCUGCAGAUUCUCCUCCCACACGCACACCUUGUCAACUCUUGCAUGAGCCAGGGGCCUUUGUUUUACUUUUUUCCUGCAACUCUUGAGCUUCUGGCUGACUGUGAUGGUGUCAUCGUGAGUCAGGCUGUAGAAAGCUGCAUGCCCCGCUCCUGCUUAUUCUCCAGGAUGGACAAUUUCCCUCCGAGGCCUGACAGAUGAGAAAAAUCAAAUUACCUGCCAUCUCUAGAGCAAUUAGAUCUUUGAAGGCCUGAACAAAACCCACACUAGGCAAGUAGGAGUCUGUGGAUUUUUAUUAAAUGCUUUGGAUCUGACCCAUCUUUUGCUGAAGAAACAAAGUAUUUAAAAAAAUUCCCUCUGAAAUCAUGGAUUUAAAGGCAAUUUGUGCCUGUUAAUGUCAGCCUUUUCCCUUGGUUAUUACUCUUUUGUUCUGUUCUCCUUUGCUGCUGGGCGGUUUGUGCACAUGCAGUAUAUGCUCUUACAAAUGGCUGCAGUAUGAAGAUAAAUGAGAUUGGGUGCUGGAACACUCUAACAGGAGAUCGGAAAUCAAUCCUUGACUUUCUUUCUAAAUGAACAUGGUCCAAGAGAGGACUGUUCCCUUACUGCUGUUCCAGCUGACGUGCUAUGGCAGGUUGCUGGGAAAAUCCUUCCAGCUCUUCCUCCGUGAUCUGUUUCUGCCCUUUUAAAAAUGAAAACAAAACCUUUGGAUGACGUGGGCUUUGAGAUGGCAUAAAGAGAAACCACUGAACGUGGGCUUCACAACAUCGGUGUUAAGGAGAGCAAGGGAUGAGACUGUUCUCCACUGAGGGAUGCUUUAUGUCAUGGUCUGUGUUGUUUAAACCUGGCCAUUGAGACUCGACCAGCUGCAUCUCUGAAAGGGGUAAUGCCAAAAUUAUUAGCUGUUUCUGAAAAAGUAAAUCCAAAAGUCAGCUUUUGCUGAAAGGUUGGUAUGAUUUCGGAGCUGAAGUCAUGCUGUUUCUUGUGAGAGCUGUAGGGUUUUCAAUUUCAGAAGUGUUUUGCCACCAAAAAAGUCAUGUCUUGCCUUGGAGCUUUUGACAGUCCUACUGAGGCUGCCUUGCUCACGCUCUCGUUACCACAGUGCCUCAGACAGCCUGGCCUGCCAGCCUAAGUUAAUUCUUUAGAAGAAGGAGAAGGAAAAAGACACGUAAAAAUUGACUGCAUUUUAUUUAAACCUGUUACUUUCUCAUCAAAAACUCUACACUGAGUUGGAAAGAGUUUUUAAAAUUGAGCAUGUCAUUUCUAACUCUUCUUGUGUUUCUUGUGCUUCAUUCCUGGGCAGUGCAGGCAGGUCAGUGGUGUUUUCACCCCCAUCCUCGCUUCUUAGGGCCGUUUAGCACGCUGUGGUAAGUUUGAUUUUUAACUGAGACUAGGUUUUAUAAAACGCUCUGAGAUACGUUUGGGACUGCUCUUGUACCAGUGAGACUGGAAACCUUUCUUUCUUACCUCUGUAUUUUACCUCGAUGGAGUAAUUCCAGUUGAGUUCAAACCAGAAGUGUUUGGUUGUCUAUGGAAAGACUCCUCGGGUUAAGGGAAGGAUCUAGCCCAGGAGAAUGUGAUCUCCCACAUAUGAAUGUGAUAGAGGAACAUCUACAGCUCUGCGCGCGUAUUUUCUGUUAAAGACUGCUUUUCUCUUUGUUGCAUCUCUCUCAGUUGUGUUUUGUAGUUUUGGUUGGAAUGUUAUUUGAAGCUUGUAUCAGUUGACUGCCUUUUUUGUUGGCUUAAGGUGGGCAAGAAGGGCUCAGUGAAUAGUGCUCGGUCUGCUCUAGUAGUUUCUGUUUAUUUUAUUAUUUUGUUGCUCUCGUCUCCAUUCCUUACAACUUUUAUGUAGUGUUUUACUACUGGAAACAAUAAAGCUUUGGCUCAGUAACAACUGCUUGCCACUCUUGAAACAGUAAAAA